AUGAGUCUUGGCAGCAAUCGCGAGGGUCGAACACCUCUAGUAGUAUGGUCAGAAUUCACCAAUGCCUUUCUGGAUCAUUAUCUGCCCGCUGAGGUUCGCAGAGCUAGGGAUGAUGAAUUUCUAUUGCUUCGCGAUAAUACUAUGAGCAUUCGAAGAUCAGAUCCUUCAGCGGUUAGUGCACCUUCCAGGUUCCAGAGGCAGCGUUAUAAUAGACCCACUUAUUCUGGACCGAGUCGAAGUUCUAGAGCGUCAGCUCCUUCUUACAGAGGAGAAUCUAGCCAGGCAAAGCCUCUCUUGCCUCGUUGUGACCAGUGCGGUAAAGGCCACUCUGGCCAGUGCCGCCAAGGAAAUUGUCCAUCCCGUGGUAGAGGGGACCGGGCUCAGCCGACAAGUUCAAUCGCAGGUUCUUCAUCUUCUGUUCGCUCUCCUAAACAAGGUUCUUCUCCAGCCCCAGCAGCUAGAGGUAGGGGAAGAGGUCAGGUGUCUGCUUCUGGCAGCAACCAGAAUCGUAUUUAUGCCCUUGCAGGACGGCUGGAUCUUGAGUCGUCUCCAGAUGUUGUGACUGGUAUUUUAUCCAUUUAUUCUUAUGAUGUCUAUGCAUUGAUUGAUCCGGGUUCCACGCUAUCUUAUAUCACACCUUAUCUUGUUGAUAAGUUUGGUAUAAAGCCUGAAUCUUUGUCUAAGCCUUUCUUGGUUUCUUCUUCGGUAGGGGAACCUGUUAUUGCAAGACGAAUUUAG